AUGGCCUUUUAUAUCGAAAAGUCGUCUCUCGAAUCUCGCUUCUUUGGUAGUCCCCUAGAAACAAAAGAAUAUGCCCCACACCUCCUCAAAAACGGCUUCAAAGUCAGCGUGCUGACGCGCACUCCAUCUUCCGCAGAACUACCAUCAGACGUCUAUGUCAUCGGAGCAGAUUACACUUCAGCCGAAACCCUGAAGCCAAGCCUUACAGGUCGCGGGUUCGAUGCUAUCGUCAUCAUUCUCAACCGCCUUGCGUACGACGAAUCGGUGGUUACGAUGCAAGCAGCAGUCAACACUGGCAUCUAUCGCGCCAUUCCAUCUUUCUUUGGGGUUUCGCUUGAUAAUCCAGAGAUAGCACACAUGCCGUUCAUGAAGACUAAGCUACCCGUUCUGAACGAUGUCUUAGCGAAGGCUGAGAAGGGUGAGAUUACAUACACAGGCAUCAACACCCGGUAUGUUCCUCGACUGGGUGCUUGA